GUCGCACCUGCCUCCCCAGCUCACCAACUAGAGGGGGGGGGGGGGCGCAACUGCGAGGAGGCAGCCACCAAGUGCCAUUAAAGCUCGGAGCGGAAAGGAUGCCUUACCUGGGUCCCGUCUUCUGGGAGAGACUGGGCAGGAUGGAGGAUUCCCUGUGAAUGAUUCCGAACUCUGCAGUCGUGUUGUGCCACAGGCUGCCAGGGGCACCCGCUCUACUGCUCCAUCUUAACUGUGCCCUGGGCAGGAGGAUGGGAGGCAGGGACUGAGAGUCACCUAGGAAGGACAGAGGAGACUGGCAUCUCUUGGACAUUGUUAAAUGAUUGAUUCUUCAUACCAUUCUGGAACUACCAAGCACCGUUUUUUUUGCAUAACUACUGCCAAAGGAUUACUUUACAAGAACCACUUCCUUUUGAAGAACAUAAUUUGGAUCCUGUUUCAGAAAGCAGGGCCUCUUUAGUGAAGAAAUAUCAGUGCAUAUAGCCACUCGAGGACCAGAAGAUUCCAGUGACCGAGGAUGGCUUCCUCUUGGAAUCUAAUUCUGUUUCUUUCAGUCACCGGGUGUCUUUCAGAAUCUUCUGAAGUUAUUGCUAACCUCCCAACUUCAUAUGCUGCUUUACUCCGAAUUAAGAAGAGUCCAUCCUCAUCUGUUUUUGGUUCAAAGACCAGACCUCGGUACAGCAGUCCUUCCUUGGGUACAAUGAGUGUUUCUUCACCCAGCUGGCGAGGCGCAUCUCAGCAUCAUCACUUUCCCAUCAACCUUUAUCAUUCCUCAGAUGCCUUCAAACAAGAUGAAAGUGUGGACUAUGGGCCAGUGUUUGUCCAAGAACCAGAUGAUAUCAUAUUUCCAACUGAUUCUGAAGAAAAGAAGGUAGCACUCAAUUGUGAAGUUCGUGGAAACCCAGCUCCCACUUACAGAUGGCUUCGGAAUGGAACAAAAAUAGACUUGGAAAGUGAUUAUCGCUACAGUUUGAUCGAUGGCACCUUCAUUAUAAGCAAUCCAACUGAAGUGAAGGAUUUGGGUCAUUAUCAGUGUCUAGCAACCAACACUUUUGGAAGUGUUCUGAGUAGAGAAGCCACACUGCAAUUUGCCUAUCUGGGGAAUUUUAGUGGCCGGACAAGAAGUGCUGUCUCUGUGAGGGAAGGCCAGGGGGUUGUUCUGAUGUGCUCGCCUCCACCUCAUUCUCCAGAGAUCAUCUACAGCUGGAUAUUUAACGAAUUCCCUUCCUUUGUGGUGGAAGACAGCCGGCGGUUCAUUUCCCAGGAGACAGGCAAUCUUUAUAUUUCUAAAGUGCAAACAUCAGAUGUUGGCAGCUACAUUUGUCUGGUGAAAAACACUGUGACGAAUGCUCGAGUGCUUAGUCCUCCAACACCACUCACUCUACGAAAUGAUGGUGUGAUGGGAGAAUAUGAGCCGAAAAUUGAGGUCCAUUUUCCUUUUACGGUUACAGCUGCUAAGGGAACAACUGUUAAGAUGGAGUGCUUUGCACUUGGCAACCCUGUUCCAACAAUCACAUGGAUGAAGGUUAACAGCUAUAUUCCUGGUAAGUCGCGUCUGCGGAAAUCGCAGGCAGUGCUGGAGAUCCCAAAUGUGCAGCUGGAUGACGCUGGCGUGUAUGAAUGCACAGCUGAAAACUCCCGGGGAAAAAACUCUUUUCGUGGGCAGUUACAAAUAUACACAUACCCACACUGGGUAGAAAAACUGAAUGAUACCCAGUUAGACAGCGGAAGCCCUCUGCAUUGGGAAUGCAAGGCCACUGGAAAGCCCAGACCCACUUACCGCUGGCUAAAGAAUGGAGUGCCUCUCCUGCCACAGAGUAGGGUUGACAUGGCUAAUGGAGUAUUGAUGAUCCAUACUGUGAAUCAGUCAGAUGCCGGAAUGUACCAGUGUUUGGCUGAGAAUAAAUAUGGAGCCAUUUACGCCAGUGCUGAGCUGAAGAUACUAGCAUCAGCUCCCACUUUUGCAUUGAAUCAACUGAAGAAAACAAUAAUUGUUACCAAAGACCGGGAAGUCCUCAUAGAGUGCAAACCACAAGGUUCUCCAAAACCAACCAUCUCUUGGAAAAAGGGAGACAAAACAGUGAGAGAAAACAAAAGAAUAGCUAUUCUUCCAGACGGAAGUCUACGUAUCCUAAAUGCUUCUAAAGCAGAUGAGGGAAAAUACAUUUGCCAAGGAGAAAACAUCUUUGGUUCUGCUGAAAUUAUAGCUUCGGUAUCAGUAAAAGAACCUACAAGGAUAGAACUUACUCCUAAACGAACAGAGUUAACAGUGGGAGAAAGCAUUGUCUUGAAUUGCAAAGCGAUUCAUGACCCUACCUUGGACGUCACAUUCUACUGGACCCUAAAAGGACAGCCAAUUGAUUUUGAGAAAGAAGGUGGACAUUUUGAAAGCAUCAGGGCACAAGCAUCCUCUGCAGAUUUAAUGAUCAGGAACAUCCUUCUGAUGCAUGCUGGGAGAUAUGGCUGCAGGGUACAGACCACAGCAGACAGUGUGUCAGAUGAGGCAGAGCUUCUUGUUAGGGGUCCCCCAGGCCCACCUGGGAUAGUCAUCGUGGAAGAAAUCACCGAAAACACCGCCACACUCUCAUGGAGCCCAGCAACUGACAACCACAGCCCCAUCUCCACCUACAACCUGCAGGCUCGCAGUCCCUUCUCUCUGGGCUGGCAAACUGUAAGGACAGUCCCAGAAGUCAUAACAGGAGAUAUGGAGUCAGCCAUGGCUGUAGAUCUAAACCCCUGGGUGGAAUACGAAUUUCGAGUGGUGGCCACCAAUCCAAUUGGGACAGGAGAUCCAAGUACCCCAUCUCGAAUGAUUCGCACAAAUGAAGCAGUUCCAAAGACAGCACCUACCAAUGUGAGUGGAAGAAGUGGAAGAAGGCACGAGUUGGUUAUUGCCUGGGAGCCAGUAUCUGAAGAGUUUCAAAAUGGGGAAGGCUUUGGCUAUAUCGUGGCAUUUAGGCCCAAUGGAACACGUGGCUGGAAGGAAAAAAUGGUGACAUCUUCAGAAGCUUCCAAAUUCAUCUACCGUGAUGAAAGUGUCCCUCCACUCACUCCCUUUGAAGUGAAAGUUGGGGUUUAUAACAAUAAAGGUGAUGGACCUUUCAGUCAGAUUGUUGUCAUCUGUUCAGCUGAAGGAGAACCCACUGCUGCUCCCACCGAUGUCACAGCUACAAGUGUGUCUGUUUCAGAGAUUCUUGUUGCAUGGAAACAUAUUAAAGAGAGUCUAGGAAGACCACAGGGAUUUGAGAUUGCUUACUGGAAAGAUAUGGAACUAGAAGAUGCAGCGGAAAUCACUAAAACCAGGGGAAAUGAGUCCUUUGUGGUCCUGACAGGAUUAGAAGCAAACACGCUCUACCACCUCACAGUGAGGGCUUACAAUGGAGCUGGAUAUGGGCCGCCUAGCACCGAAGUGAGUGCAACCACCAAGAAAUCCCCCCCCAGCGAAGCACCUAGCAACCUCAGGUGGGAGCAGCAGGGAUCACAGGUUUCCCUGGGCUGGGAGCCUGUCAGGCCCUUAGCCAAUGAAUCUGAAGUCAUGGGUUACAAGGUUUUUUACAGGCAAGAGGGCCACAGCAACAGUCAAGUUAUUGAGACACAGAAACCUCAAGCAGUCCUUCCCCUCCCAGACGCUGGAGUCUAUAUUAUUGAAGUUCGAGCCUACAGUGAGGGGGGGGAUGGAACCGCUAGUUCCCAAAUCAGGGUAGCUUCAUAUUCAGGUGGCAAAAUCACUAGCGCUCAAUCAAGCCUGCACAGUCUCUCUGCGACAUCAUCAGUAACACUGUUCUUGGCAUUGAUACUUCCUUCCAACUCCUGGUGAAAGCUGCUGAGUCCAUUAGCUUUUCUUUGUUUAGCAUGAGAUCAGCGGUGGAGCGAUGUAGUGUAAAUGGAGACCCAGGAUCCUGAAAUGAGCUUUAAACACCUGGGAACACACAUGGUGCACUUACAGGAGCUUGGGAGGUGGGGGGGAUAUUACUUAUCCAUCAGGUUUCUCUUUGAUUUUUGUAAGUGAAGAGGACAGUUCUUGGUCCAAUAAAAAUAUGCAGAUUGUAUGUAAUGAAUUUUUAUAAGCAAAGGUAAUUUCUGUCAAAUGUAUUCUUAAUUUUUUAAUAUGUUGGAAUUUGAUUUUGUAUCUGAGGACUCUGAGUGUGUGCCAUCCAUUUGUUAAGUAAGCAGACUCCAAAAGAUCUGUUUCAAAACAAAUACAAAACCGAGAAGAAAAAAAAUUUAAGACUCUGAGUCUGGUGUCUUUUGAGUUUUCACUAAAUCUGGCUAUUCCAAUUGCCAAACAAGAAGAAGAUAAGAAAACACAUUUCAGUUAUGUGGUCCACUAUAGAUUAAAUACACAAACACAUCCUCAAACUAUUGUGUGGUUGCAUAACAAAAUAGAAAAAUCUUUCCAUAGGCUUGCUGUUCCAUAUGAACCCCUAGAGCAAUAUAUUAAUGCAGGGGACAAGCCAUUUCUAUUAGUAUAAGGCAAAUGGAAAGUGAAUCCAAAUUAAUUCAUCAGUUUUCAUCAAGUAGUAUGUUAUCAAGCAGCAAACACUUUAUAGGUUUAUUUUUAAUGACUAAAGAUAAAGUUACAAAAAAUAUACAUUCCCUGAAAACUACAAUGACAUGCAAGCCAAGGUGUUAACUUUAAAAACAGAUGUUGAAUAUGAGACUGAGCUGUCCUGUUGGAAUUAAGUGCAUAGCUUUCUUCUAGUUGCAAAUAAUUUUAAGAAUAAGAAAAUUUUGUGCAAAUAAAGUAGCAUGUUAUCUGUAAAUUAACAUGGCUCAAGCAUCCAGGUGUGGUAGCACAUGACUUUAAUCCUAGCAAUCGGGAAGCAGAGGUAGGAGGAUUGCUGUGAGUUCGAGGCCACUCUGACGCUACAUAGUUAAUUCCAGGUCAGCCUGGACUAGAAUGAGACCCUAACUCAAAAAACCACACACAAAAAAAGGCUCAAGCAAAAUAAUCAAUUUUUUCAGACACUUCUAUAAAACACAUGCUACUUGCACAAUCCUGCCAACUAUUAAAAUAAAGAGGAUAUACUAGAUAAAUGGAAUUUUUAAAUGAAUCUGUCGGAAAAUGUCUUCAUUCUAGGGACUCAGCUAGUCUAACGAAACAUGCAUAACUUUAUUUGUGGCUUCAGAGGUAAUGUCCCUUGCCAAUGUGAGGAAGCAAGCUUAAUCUAAGCAAGGUGAAGUCUACACCAUUAUAGCAUCAGCUGCACACAAACAUUCUUACAGACAUGAGGGUGUUCAGAGUGGAUACCACUCUUGUAAGUGUGUGUGAAGAUAAGCACUGCAACUGCAUUUUCCAGAGAAGAGCCCAGAGAUACUAGCUUGUUGUUGAUAUGAGGACAAAAAUUACUUUCAUCUUUUCCUUUUUCUUUGUAUAAAAACCUAUUAACUGUUUGCAUCUUUAAUAACAAACAAAUGUUAUUAUAACACUGAGCUCAAAUUGACUCUAAAGGUUUGUCCUUGCAGAAUCACAAGGGAGAUGAGAGAUCUCUGUUCUGUGUUAUCUAUGAGAUUCUUCUCAUAGCUACGGGCUUCUACAUGUCAAUUACUCAUAUUCUACUUGGAGAUAUCUGUAGCCAAGACACCUCUAAGCAAACUACAAGGGACUUGAUAUAGAUGAUAAGACAUACUACACCCAAUGAUAAUUCAACCUAAGAACUGUAGUGAUAGCCAAGUGGCUUUUUCUGAAUACCACCUUUGGCAGGACAGAAGAGGCUGGAGUAGAAAGACACUAAUUACUAGCAAAAUGGAAGCUCUACCAAGUCUGAGGUGACCUGCAAAUGCAAAUCAUGAAUCAGAAAAAAGUACAGGCUGUUUAAAACUAAGAAACAUCUUUCAUAUUUGAUGCAUUGAAACAUUUUCUUCAUUUGCUAUGACACUCUAUCAUAGAUUUACUAAAAUACUUAAAGAAUAAUCAUCUUUUAUAAAUUCUUAUAAUAAAACAACCCCCAGUAAAAUCAAAUGCCACUAUGAAGAAAAUUAAGAUUGACCAAUAUUUCUAAGUACCUUGUGGAUUCUGCCAGGAUAUUUACAUAUAGAAUGUCUGAUGUAUUCUUACAGAAAUCAGAUAGGGGAGGUUUUUACUCAACAUCCACAAAAUAUGUAUUUUGCAUCAUGGACCUAUUUACAAAACUUGUUUUCAAUGUUUGUGUACUUACAUAUUACACAUUUGUUAUUUUGUAGAAAGCAGACAGCAUUCCUUCUGAAGGUACAUUAUUUUUCAGCUACAGUACUUAGUGAAUUUUUUUCUUGGAUGAAAUAGUAACCACACAGUCUUAAUUCACUACAGAGACUGUAUUUUUGUAUAAUGUCAAUUGAAUUAUAACGCCAACAGCACUCCUUAUUAUUAGAAAUUUCAUGAAAGCAAGUGUUUUGCAUAUCUUACUAAAGGUACUGUGGGAUCCAUGUCAAACCGUUAAAUAUAUUGUAUACAAUCUGUAUAUAUACUAUAUAUAAUGGUAUAUAACAUGUGGAAGGCACAGUCAGAUAAUAGUUCUGUGUACUGUUCUUGUAACAUUAGAUCUUUUUAAUAAAUAAUUCUGUUUUUAUUGACUUUUA